AUGUACACAAAAAAAGCAAAAAUCAUAAACACGGAUAUAGAAAACCGUAGUUUUACAGAAGUUAUGCCAACAUUCAAAGAAGAUAUCGAUAUUAUUAUUGAUCCAAAUGAUGGAAGUGGAAAAACAUAUCAGUUCACAAAUGCUAACGUUCAAUUUAAUAGUACAGAACUUCAUGAAAUUGUUAUUUCGUCGCCAGAAACUAUAACAGAGUCAACAGAAUAA